AUGGACUAUAGUGUCGUCAGACAGUUCUUCACAUUCAAAGACCCAGCGCAUGCUAAUGGAGGACUUGCCAGAGAUGGCCUCCCACUAGAUGUGAAACAAUGGCGGGCCAUCGAGGAAAUGCUGGCACUAGACUGGCAUAAACGUUUGUGGACUCACCAAGAGGUUGUGCUGGCAAACAAGCAAACAUGCAUCGUGAUGCUUGGUUUGGAGGAGAUAUGCUGGAAGCAGUUUCACGAUGCAGUCAGCGUUAUAUGCUUCCUUACGAGUCCUCCAACACAUGCUAUCGAUGAUCUUGUUGCAUAUAACCAACAUGCACAAGUUGUCGGGGAUAGAUUAUUAGCAUUUGCGGACGACAUGGGAAAAAGCUACAAUUGGCUUGGAGCUCUCCUGGCCACCAAAUACUUCGAAUGCUCAGAUGAUCGCGACAGGAUAUACUCUUUACGAGGCCUUGUUGAACCAGAUGUGGCUGAAUUGAUUGAGGUAGACUAUACCAAGUCUUUGAAGCAGAUCUUCACUUCAGUGUGCCUGAAUGAGAUCACACGACAGCAGGAUCUCGACUUCCUGACGUACUGCAACGCAGCUGCAAGUCCAAGCUGGGUGGCAGAUUUGGAGUGGCCAUGGGGAGAUCUUACUGUGGACUCUAAUGCGGGAGGUAAUUCGUCACCUGCAGUAGAUCUAAUCGAGCCACAUGUAUUGGAAGUGGCUGGAAUAGCAUGUGAUGAGAUUCAUGAUGAGCCUUGUCCUCUUCGCCCUAAAGAAUUAGUUGAGCCUCUUGGCGAAUUCCGCCAGAGGAUCGUUGAUACAUUCCUGUCUUUGGUGUCUAAGGAAUCACUUCAAGAUGACUCAAUUCUAGAUCAAUUGAUAAUGGUCCUCACCUACGGGCAGGUUAGGGACCACACCACACAAAAGUUACACCCCCCUGGAGUGUAUUCUCUUCAUAGCCUAGGCGAUUGGAGAAGAAAGAUACGACAAUGGAUAAACGGCGAAUAUGGUUACGAGAAGGACAAUGUGCAGGAGCCAUGGGAGAAAGAUGAUGUGUAUUUACGGAGCUUGCCCGUUGGAGGGUCGGUAUAUGGCUGUGUAAAAACAUGCCGUGGAACGUUUAUUCGUGUUCCGAUGGAGGCUCAGAAGGGAGACACCUAG